AAUCCGGUACCUUAACAUACUGCAAAAUUUAGUUUCACUAGUAAUUAAGGAGAUCUUAUAGUAUGUUUGGAUUAAAUUCAAACUUCGGUUUUCUCAUAAUCAAUUGUGAAAUCUAGAAGCUUAGAGAUACACUCCUUUUUGACAUUGAUUUUGACCGUAAAAUUAACUGAAGAAGAAUUUCCAAACAUGCGAUUAGGUGUUUUCUUUGACUUCCAGGGCACUUGGGCUUUCUCUUAACAUAAUUCAAGGGUAUUUAGCAAACAUGUACUAUGGUUUUACUGAAUGUUUAAGGUCAUUUAUUGCUUAUUACUUAGUGAUAUUCUAUGUGUUAGAGCUUUUAAAGCAAUUGUGUCUCUUGCAUAUCUUUGUCAUGUAUGCUAUCUAUGCUCUUAUACAUGUUUGGACAGCAAAUAAUUGGAAGAAUUAGUUUAUGUGGAUCACAACUCCACAAUCAUACAAAGACCGCUGUUUCAAAUGAAGUUUCUUCUAGCUAAAUAAUUGAUUGGCAAGUGCCACUAGCCUUUGAAUUCGUCAAUAAUUAGAGUAUAUAAUUCAUGUAACACUUUUUUGAGUGGAAAAGAAUGAAAAACUGGAAUAGGAGUAGAUGCAUUCCGCGCGUUAGGUAUGCAGGGAAAAAAGAUAAACAAAUGCACAUAAUUGCUAUGCAGAGGAAGAUAGUUAGAUGUAUUCCAUUUUGAUUUGCUUUGUAUAUUUUGCUUCUCUUCCUACUAGCAAGGAUUAUAAUAUCAUACACCAAUUUCCAAUCUUAUCUGGCAAGGAUGGUUACCUAAUCAAAUGAUAUCAUAGAGUUGUAUUAUAAUCAUAUCGACAGAUCAUUUCAAAUAGAGACAUGGAAGAAAUAGAUUCAUGAGGGGAUAAAUAAGUUAUAAGGCAAAAAACUAUCAAUAUAUUUCCUUUCCUCUUUUUCAUCGGACCAAAAGUUUAUUUCAAUUUUUUAAGGGACUAAAUUGACCAAUCAAAUGUCUUUUAGUACCAAAAUGAUGAUUUACUCAAUAUAUAAUAAAAAAUAGCUAUUGCGCAACGCAACCCUAACAGCUUCACAUUGAGAAAGAAUAGCAUAGAGUCGAUUUCGGUGACAUAGCUUGGAGUUGGAGGCGUUUGAUACUGCAGGUUACAAGGCUUCAAUCAGAAUUUGGAAAGGUCAAGAACUUGAAUAGGCUUCUCUGCUCCAAUGAGAGAUUUCGGUUCCAAUCAAGCUAUGUUGGUGAUCUGGCUCGCCGAGUACGUGAAACAGAUGAAGCUAGAGAUGUAAAUGAUCCUGAAGCUGUGAUCAGAGCAUUUGAAAGUCAGCCAUCUCUACAUGCUAACCCUGGAGCGUCUGCUCAAUGGGUUAAAGCAUUGGUGAAACUUGAUAGCAGGCUGGAUGGAAGUGAAUUACUCAAGACUUGGCCAACAGGACUUGGUAUGAAAUUGAAUGAAGAAGUGCAGCCCAAUGUGGAGUCAAGUACUAAAUUUAGUGACGUAAUAGGAGGUAUUGAUGAGGCAAAGGCAAAACUGAAAGAAAUUGUGCACUACCUCCGAGAUCCUAAGUUCUUUACUCGUCUUGGUAGGAAGUUCCCAAAGGGUUUUUUGCUAGUUGGCCCGCCUGACACGGGUAAAACGAUGUUGUCAAAAGCUGUUGCUGGUGAGGUUGGGGUUCCUUUCUUCUCAUGCAGUGGAAGUGAAUUUGAUGAUAAGUUUGCUGGCGCACGAAAGAUGAGUGAUCUUUUUGCUGCUGCAAAAAAGCGGCCACCUUGUAUUAUCUUCAUUGAUGCUAUCGAUGCGAUUGGAGCAGGUCAAAAUAAGUUGCUUGUUGAGAUUGAUGGAGUCAAGCAAAAUGAUGGGAUAAUUGUGAUUGCAGCUACUAAUGUUCCAGAGUCAAUAGAUAAGGCUUUGAUGAGACAUGGGCGAUUUGAUCACUAUGCCUUUGUUCCCAAACCAUGUGUAGAAGCAAGGCGACAGAUUUUGGAAUCUCACAUGUCAAAGGUCCUGAAGGCUGAUGAUGUCGAUUUAAUGAUCAUUACUAAAAAAACAAAUGGGUUCUCUGGUGCUGACCUUGCAAACAUGGUUCAUCUUGCGACUCUUGAAGCUGCAACGGAUGGUGCCAAAGUUGUGACCAUGAACUAUUUAGAGUUUGCGAUUCGGAACAAGAUUAUUAAGGACCGGCUAAUGAAGGAUGAGAGAAGUGAACGCCAUAACUGUCAAUCAUAUGGCUACGGUCCAGGUAUCAAUAGCCAUACUGGUGCUAGCUGCCCAUCAGUGCUUACUAGUUAUAUGCAUGGCUACGAUCCGAGUACUAGGAGAGGUACCCGCCCAUUUAGGUUUGCUAGUUAUAAGCCCGCUACGGGUCGGGUGCCUGCCGCCCCUCAUCGGUGAUUGCCGCUUAUGUGUGUAGAGGCUACGGGCUGUAUAACAGUAGCCAUACUAAUGUCAGUCGUCGCCCAUCGGUUCUUACCAAUCAUACAUAGGGUUACAGGCCGAACGGAUAUCAGUAAUACUUUUGGCAAAUAAAAGCCUUUUUAAUGGUGUGCAAAUAAAUGGGAUAACUUUGGGGUUGGACCCUUUUUUUUGUAAACACUAAUUUUCUUUUUUUGCUACAUGUUUGAUAAUUUU